CUAUGGGUUGUCCUCACCGUCACAGCCGGAGCGUCUUCUAGGAUUCAUUCAUUAGUUUUUUUCUCAUUCACGAGGAUAGUGAGGCCUGGUUGAAAGCCAUGGACAGCGCUCUCUCUGCCGCCGGUUUCCUGUACUGGGUGGGCGCGAGCACUGUGGCCUACCUGGCCCUGCGCAUCGCGUACUCGCUUUUCACGGCCCUUCAGAUCUGGGGUUUGGGUCACGAGCCUGGGGUCGGACCGGGGCUCGGUGAAUGGGCAGUUGUCACAGGUGGGACUGACGGGAUUGGAAAAUCAUAUGCAGAACAGUUAGCAAAGCGUGGGAUGAAGAUUGUCCUUAUCAGCAGGUCACAGGACAAGCUGCAGCAGGUGGCCAGUGAAAUAAAAGAGAAAUUCAAAGUGGAAACAAGGACCAUUGCCGUUGACUUUACAUCUGAAGAUAUUUAUGAUAAAAUUAAAGCAAGCUUGGCGGGUCUUAAUGUUGGUGUUUUAGUGAACAACGUGGGGAUGUCAUAUGAGUAUCCGGAAUACUUUCUGGAAGUUCCUGACUUGGACAAUACCAUCAAGAAACUGAUAACUGUCAAUAUUCUUUCUGUUUGUAAGAUGACACAAUUGGUGCUGCCCGGCAUGGUCCAAAGGUCUAAAGGCGUGAUUCUGAACAUCUCCUCCACGAGCGGCAUGUUGCCGGUUCCACUACUGACCAUCUACUCUGCAACCAAGGCUUUUGUAGAUUUCUUCUCUCGGUGCCUCCACGAGGAAUACAGGAGCAAGGGCAUCUUUGUGCAGAGCGUCCUGCCAUUCUUUGUGGCUACAAAAAUGGCUAAAAUCCGAAAGGCAACUUUGCAAAUACCCUCUUCAGAGACGUAUGUGAAGUCUGCGCUGAAAACUGUGGGCUUGGAGUCCCGAACCAACGGAUACCCGAUCCAUGCUCUUAUGGGCUCGAUCAUCUCAAUCCUGCCUUCCUGGUUAUAUCUUAAAACAGCCAUGAAUUUUAACAAGUCCAUUCGGGCUCGCGCCCUGAAGAAAGCCAAGAAGAACUAGGCAUCGGCCACUGCGUCGGGCCCCUGACGGUGCGCUCCUGCCCAUGCGCAGCACCGCGGGUGCCCGCCCCCAGCUCCCAAACCCUCGGUUGUCGUUGCGAUAGUUCCCGAUGAGGCUGAAUGUGGUCAGAUUCGGGAAGAAAGCACGAGUUCCUGAUACAUAUAUUCUGGUUGCUGCUAGCAGUUAUUCCGUAGUGUAAUGGGAGUGCUCAUAUCAAUGGGAUAUAGAAUUAAUAUUAACAAUUUAAUAGGAAGGAACACAAUUACACUAAAUCAGAGAAUGAUAAGAGUGGUGCAUGAUCCCAACAGUUGCAUCUGGCCCAAAAUGCCAGUGGUGAUUCUGCUAUUUUCUCUGAAACGUACUUUUAAAAGUCAUGGCCAACUACUCACUAUUGUUUUUAACAAUUUGGGGGACUAGAGAUGAACGGACUCACUUAUGGGAGGACGUACAGCAAUUUGCAUAGUUCUUUGUAAGCUUGUCUGAAGGCUUGUCCCAGUUUGUAUGUCUAUGUGGAACUUUUCUUUUUCCCAAAGUAGUUAAGGAAAUAAAAAUAAUUCAUGAAAUUUGGAGGUUUUCUUACACACAAAGCCCAUGAAAAUAUGCUUUUAUCUAAUACUUAUUGGUUCUCCGUUUAAAUGUAUGCAGUUACUGAAUACUAUAGGGUGUGAUUUAUAAAGGUUAAUGGGCCAAAAUGUACACUGAGCCUGGUGGCCUCCUGGAGUGUCCCUGAAACCCUGACCCAGGAAAGGGGCCUGCGUGGACCUGCUGCUUUGGUUUCCACACUGCGGUCCCACUGCUCGCCUGUGUGACAAGAGGCUAUUCCCAGGACAAUGACAUCAGAGAAGUGGCAUCACACUUUUAAGUUGGAUUAGUUUGUUUUAAUGAGAGAUGAUAUAACCAUGGUGUUGAUUGAAAAUCCUUGGUGCUUGAACUUCAGGCCGUUUUCACACUGGCUUAAUAUAAAUUAAGUCUUCGGCCACACACCCAUUUGGGGAAAUUGCCAGGCAACAGUCUGUGUUGCGAAACGUGCCUUCUAGAAGGUGGGUCUCUCUCUAGGCUCUGGCCCUAAGCUUCUGAGUUUCAAGCACCGGUAAAUUAGAAAACCGUUUUCUUAAUUGGGAUAUUUAAGUGUUUCUAGCUUUAAAUUUUGUCAGCUAAGGACAUAAAACAAAAACAAAACCAAAUUUACCAUCGUUAUGUAAAAGACAUUUUGGCAUACAAACAGUAGGAGGAAUGUAAUCUCAGAAUAAGGGCUAGUCAUUUAAAUGGAAUAAAUUUAGCUUUAUGAAAACA